AUGUGUGAGAGACAGGUGAUGUAGCAUCAUUUGAUAAGAACUGUCCAAUAGAGACCCUCCUGUUGACCUUUGCUGCUGCAGCAUUCACUUGAUAAGAUAAAAGACACAAUAGACAGUAGUAGGUAUGGUGGCAUCUGUUUCUCACAGUUUGUGACAAUGCUCAAGAAAUCUGUCUGGGGUUUACUAUACCCAUUAAAGGACGCAUUCCAGUCUAUAGAAUUAAAGAAAGAUGAUUACACAGUGGGGAAGGAUGCUUCUUGCAGUUAUGUUAUAAAAGAUUCACAGCUGAGCAAGAUAGAUUAUAAUUUACUGAAUAAGAAGCAGUUCAAAAUCAGUAAGAAGAAGGACGCCAUCUAUCUGGAGGACGUCGGAGGAACAUAUGUCAACGAAAAAAAAGUUGGGCCAGGACAGAAAACUGUUCUGAAUCAUAAUGACCGCAUAGCUAUUGCUAAGUCACAUUUGAAAGUGUUUGUGUAUCUGGACAAAUCACGCUGUGACGAAGAAAGUCGCAACUUCCCAGCAGAGAUCGGUCAGAGGUACCUGGUAUCUUAUCCUCUGGGUGAGGGUGGUUUUGGAGAAGUGUCAUUAAUAUUUGAGAAGGACACAGGCAAAAGAUUUGCCAUGAAAAUGGUCAAGAAGCAACCUAAAUUGCUCAGAUACAUUUACACUGAAACCAAGAUUCUUCAGGAAAUCAAUCAUCCCUGUGUCAUAAACACAGAGCAGGUAGUGGACACACAGUCUGUUCUGUUCAUUGUACUGGAAUUCAUGGAAGGAGGUGACCUCCUGCGGCGUGUGCAUCCAAAAAACUCCAUCAGAGAGGCCGACAUGAAACUCAUAUUCUUCCAAUUGGCACAAGCCAUUGAGUACUUACAUCAAAGGAGCAUUGUGCACCGUGACAUCAAGCCUGAGAACAUACUGCUAGCAACCAAGGGAAAUGAGACUCUUAUAAAGGUGGCAGACUUUGGUGUAUCCAAGAUUCUAACACCAGGCACUAAGAUGGAUACGCAUGUUGGAACGCCAUUAUACACAGCACCUGAAAUCUUGAAUAACACUCAUGAAGUGUAUACAAAACAGGUGGACAUCUGGAGCAUGGGGAUUGUACUGUAUUUGUGUUUGAGUUCCCAGAAACCCUUUGGAGGAAAGGAGGACAUCAUGAGAGCAGUUGUCCAAUUCCCACCUCUCUUCUGGGCAGGGAUAUCAGUCUCAGUCACUGAUCUCAUCAAAGGCAUGCUCAAAUCUUCACCUACACAGCGACUUCGUAUCGAACAAGUUUUGUCUCACCAGUGGCUAAAGGAUCAGACCAUGCGACGGAAGGCACACUACCUCAUGUGGCCGCAUAAGCCAUAUGUUGGGGAUCAGACAGCUCCUUCCUUCCAAAGAGGAGGAAGCUACAGGCAGCAGCCACGAGGCAUACUACAGUACAUGUCUCCAAAAGGCAGUGAGACCAUGCGCUUGCCAAACAGGGCACUUCAACGGCCAGGGAUAGGUGCUGAGAGAUACCGUCUGAUCAGUCCAGUAGGCAAGCAACCAGCAUUAGGGACCCGUGCAUCUGGAGACAACCUUCCAGUACCACGAGUUCAACAUAAACCAGCUGUGGGACCUAGUGUUCAGCGUUCAGUGCAAUUUAGACCACAGAAUGGAGGUGGAGUGAGAUAUGAAGCAGUAAAACCAGUGAAAGAUGCUAUACACAAAUUUGAAAAAAAAAAUAUUUGAGUGAAUGCAGGACACAGUAAAUGAUUUGCUGUACCUCUGCCAGAGGUGAAUUUUGGAAGUGCAAAUGCAUGAGCAAUGACAAAACCUGAGAAGUGGCCUGGCCCUACUUCAGUCUGAUAUGCUACUUCCAAUGAUGUCCAUUCUGUUACAAGUAGAGCACCUGACAGAGAUGUUAGUGUAUCCACCUGCCUGUAAUACUACAUCAGGGACACUCUCCUAACCUCAUUUCAAGUUGUGCUCCUACACUAGACUUGGUUUGCCCUCUUCACAUUGUCUGUUUGGGUCUCACACCAAACAAAGUUUUAUGUUUAUGUUGCAAUCUUACACCAGGAUCUAUCUGAACAGAUCUGGUGACUUCAUUUAUCUAAUUGAAAAGAAAAUUCUGCUGCAGUUUUCUUUAGCAAAACUAAUCAAACCUUGCAGGGCCACAUGGGGUAUUACGAUUGAUCUCAAGUGUUGAAUUUUAGUAAGAUUUUCUCUUAGAAACUUUCAUUGUUGGAGAGAUCCAAAAACAUUUUUCUAGUUAGAACUACCAGUUUAAAUGAAAGCUGAAAUUAACAUUUAUGUCUUUUGGAUUUUCACCAUUUUCAGAGACAUUUCAUAUAAAGUUGUUGUGUACUAUAUUAAUUAUCUUUCAGUACAAUCAAUCAUAUCUAUAUAUCUGAAACAGAUUUUGUUCUUAAAAGAACCUACAUGGAUAUUUUCACUACCAUUUCCUUUGGAGGAAAAUGAAUUACCCUCCCAGAUGUAAACCUGCAGUGAACGAAAUAUUCCUACAUAUACUUAACAUGUUGUGACAUCAUUUCUGGUGUGAAAUGUGAAGUGAUAUUAAAAUGUGAGCCAAUGGACAUAAAGAGAUUUAACUGGAAUAAUUCUGUAACUGCCUUUGGAGGAUACUUCCCAUGGUAUAAAAGUUCUGUGACAGAACAAAUACAGUUUUACAUCACCAUUAAUCUCUGUGCUUUCAAGCACUUUGUGUAUUAUGUAUAAAAUGUUCUUUUGUCCAUUUGUUUCUACUCCAAAAUGUGUAAGUCAAACUUUAUUUUUGCUCAAACUAUUCUGUUAGAACCUGCAUUCUACCUAAAAACCUAAAUUGAUUUAUCCAUCCCUAGAUGCCCAAUUAUCAAUACUGUAUAUGCCCCACCUACUUUAACAUCCAAAAACUCCGAAUUUUGUCCACACAAUGCAUUUAUAUGCUCUGUAUGGUUCUUUCAAUAAAUGAAAAUUAAAUUCCUAAACAGUAUUAACUGACUGGUCUUUGUAACAGACACAUGUUUUCUGCGAGAUACAAAACAUUUUAAAAUAUUAUUUAAAUUAAUUUAAGCCUUUAAAAUGUUAGAUUUAAUUGAAUAAGCAUAAAACCAAUAAAUUUCUCAUAUAAGAAUUAAGUUACAUGUAUAUAUUGUUUAUUGUAUAAGCUUAGAGCCGCAAGAAAUGUAGUAAUAUUUGAUUUUUGCCUACAUUUGCAUCAAUCAUAUAUUGUCAAUGAUAUCUGGGAACAUCCCACAUUAUCACGCAUUUUCUGCAA